AUGGCCACCUUGCCCAAGAGGUUCUGCCUGUCUCCCUCCACCAGCUCCAAGCGGACUCGCAUCAAGAUCUCCAUCAACGGGAGCAUUUCUGCUGGGAAGUCAACAUUUGUGAAUUUCCUCAAACAGGUCUGUGAGGAUUAAGUGGUUCCUGAACCUGUCGCCAGAUGGUGCAAUGUGCAAAAUACUCAAGAUGAAUUUGAGGAAUUGACGUCUCAGAAAAGUGGUGGGCAUGUUCUUCAAAUGAUGUACAAGAAACCCGAACAGUGGUCUUUCACCUUCCAAUCAUAUGCUUGUCUCAGUCGGAUUCGAGCUCAGCUGGCCUCUCUCAAUGGCAAGCUCAGAGAUGCGGAGAAACCUGUGUUAUUUUUUGAACGAUCUGUGUAUAGUGACAGGUAUAAUUUUGCGUCUAAUUUGUAUGAGUCUGACUGCAUGAAUGAAACAGAGUGGACAAUAUACCAGGACUGGCAUUACUGGAUGAAGAGUCAGUUCAGCCAAAUCCUUGAACUGGAUGGAAUAAUUUACCUUCGAGCUACUCCAGAGAAAUGCUUAAGUAGAAUGUAUUUAUGGGGAAGAAAUGAAGAACAAGGCAUUCCUCUGGAGUAUUUAGAGAAACUUCACUAUAAACACGAAAGCUGGCUCCUUCAUCGAACUCUGAAAACCAACUUUGAUUAUCUUCAAGAGGUGCCUAUCCUCACACUGUAUGUCAAUGAAGACUUUAAAGACAAGCAUGAAAGUCUGAUUGAAAAGGUCAAAGAAUUUUUGAGUACUUUGUGA